UCGUAACACAGCUUUAUAAAACCAGUUAGGCCGCAUCUGGAGUAUUUCACACAGUUCUGGUCGCACCCAUUCUCGGAAGGAUGUCGGGGCUUUGGAGAGGGCGCAGAAGCGGGUUACCAGGAUAUCGCCUGGAUUAGAGGCAUGAGCUAUAACGAGAGGUUGGACAAACUUGUGUUGUUUACUCCAGAGCGGCGCAGGCUGGGGUGAGACUGGAUGGGCGUUUACAAGGUUACCAGUGGAAUAGAUAGAGUGGACAGACGAUAUAUUUUUUCUGGGGGUGAAAUGUCUAAUACAUUUAGGGUGAGAGGAUAUGUGAGCGGCAAGUUUCCUUCUGUCCACAGAGAAAUGGAUAGCUGGAGUCACUGCCCGGGGGUGUAGAGUCACGUGAUCCCAUUUGCCCCUCCCAUUUAACUGCAGAUGGGCAGCAUCUGUGCAUCGCUUCCGAGGCCCCGCCCUCCGGAUGAUGCACCGAUCACUUUGCGCAUGCUCACAGUCUCCAGUCAGGCGGCGUUCUGCGGAUGCGGGGCUACUGACUGCAGGCCGAAAAUAUCACUUUCUCAUCGUAGACCUGAGGUGAGAGAUUUAUUGGAAGAAAAAAACCCAACUGGAAGCAAACUACAACUGAAGACAGGGGAACAUCAACAAGCGAACCAGCCCGAGGAUUGUGAGCAUCAACUGGGUAGAACUCAUCUGACUCAGAGAUUCCAGUGAUUCAGUCAGGAGAAAGUUUGGUUAGAAACGACAAGGAAUUCGUGCAUGGGAAUCUAGAACUCAAGACACCAGUUUUGCUGCCUGUAUCCAAGUAUUUAACAAGCGGAGCAAGGGAUACUUUCGACUAUCCUUCCAGCUCAGACUGUGGCGAGGGAUUCACUCUAUCAUCUGACUGACUGGCACACCCGACAUUCUACACAGGACAGAGGCUGCUCACCUGCUCAGACUACGGGAAGGAAUUCACUUGGUCAUCCACCCAAAUGGCACACCAGCAAAUUCACAAUGUGGAGAAGCUGUUCACCUGCUCGGACUGUGGGAAGGGAUUCACUUGCUCAUCCCGACUGAAGGUACACCAGUCAGUUCACACUGGAAAGAGGCCAUUCACGUGCUCAUACUGUGGAAAGGGAUUCACUUUGUCAUAUCAACUACUGAGACACCAGUCAGUUCACACCGGAGAGUGGCCAUUCACCUGCUCAGUUUGUGGGAAGGGAUUCUCUCGGUCAUCUCAACUGGAGGUACAUCAGAGAUUUCACACUGGAGAGAGGCCGUUCACCUGCUCAGACUGUGGGAAGGGAUUCAUUUCAUCAUCUCAACUGAAGGUACAUCAGCGGGUUCACACCAGAGAGUGGCCGUUCACCUGCUCAGACUGUGGGAAGGGAUGCAUUUCAUCGUCUCAACUGAAGGUACAUCAGCGAGUUCACACUGGGGAGAGGCCAUUCACCUGCUCAGACUGUGGGAAGGGAUUUGCUUCCUCAUCUCAACUGAAGGUACAUCAGCGAGUUCACACUGGAGAGAGGCCGUUUACCUGCUCAGACUGUGGGAAGGGAUUUACUUCGUCAUCUCAACUGAAGGUACAUCAGCGAGAUCACACUGGAGAGAGGCCGUUUACCUGCUCUGACUGUGGGAAAGGAUUCACUCAGUCAUCUCAUCUGAAGCAACAUCAGCGAGUUCACACCAGAGAGAGGCCAUUCACCUGCUCAGACUGUGGGAAGGGAUUCACACUGUCAUCUCAUCUGAAGGAACAUCAGCGAGUUCACACUGGAGAGAAGCCGUUCACCUGCUCAGACUGUGGGAAGGGAUUCACUCAGUCAUCUCAAUUGAAGGUACAUCAGCGGGUUCAUACCAGAGAGUGGCAAUUCGCUUGCUCAGACUGUGGGAAUGGAUUUACUUUGUCAUCUCAACUGAAGGUACCUCAAUGUGAUCACACUGGAGAGAUGCUGUUCACCUGCUCAGAAUGUGGGAAAGGUUUCACUCAGUCAUCUCAUCUGAAGAUACAUCAGCGAGUUCACAGUGGAGAGAGGCCAUUUACGUGCUCAGACUGUGGGAAGGGAUUCCCUUCGUCAUCUCAACUGAAGUUACAUCAGACAGUUCACACUGGAGAGAGGCCGUUCACCUGCUCGGACUGUGGGAAGGGAUUCCCUUCAUCAUCUCAACUGAAGGUACACCAGUCAGUUCACACUGGAGAGAGGCCAUUCACCUGCUCAUACUGUGGAAAGGGAUUCACUUUGUCAUAUCACCUACUGAGACACCAGUCAGUUCACACCGGAGAAUGGCCAUUCACCUGCUCAGUCUGUGGGAAGGGAUACUCUCGGUCAUCUCAACUGAAGGCACAUCAGAGAUUUCACACUGGAGAGAGGCCAUUCACCUGCUCAGACUGUGGGAAGGAAUUCACUUCAUCAUCUCAACUGGAUAUACAUCAGCGAGAUCACACUGGGGAGAGGCCGUUCACCUGCUCAGACUGUGGGAAGGGAUUCGCUUGCUCAUCUAAACUGAAGGUACAUCAGCGAGUUCACACUGGAGAGAGGCCAUUCACCUGCUCAGACUGUGGGAACACAUUCAUUCUGUCAUCUCAUCUGAAGGAACAUCAGCGGGUUCACACUGGAGAGAGACCGUUCACCUGCUCAGACUGUGGGAAGGGAUUUACUUCAUCAUCUCAACUGAAGGUACAUCAAUGCAAUCACACUGGAGAGAGGCCAUUUACCUGCUCAGACUGUGGGAAAGGAUUCACUCAGUCAUCUCAUCUGAAGGUGCAUCAGCGAGUUCACACUGGAGAGAGGCCAUUCACCUGUUCAGACUGUGGGAAGGGAUUCCCUUCGUCAUCUCAACUGAAGGUGCAUCAGUCAGUUCACACUGGAGAGAGGCCUUUCACCUGCUCAGGCUGUGGGAAGGGAUUCAGUCGGUCAUCCACCCUCCAGAGACACCAGCGAGUUCACACUGGGUAGAAGCUCCUGUUCAGACAAUGGGAAGAGAUUCUCUCUGCCAAAUCAACCAAAUAUGCAUCAUUGAGUUCACACUGGGGAGAGGCCGUUCACCUGCUGUGAAUGUGGAAUCAAUUCACUCAGUCAUCUAACCUUAUGUAACUCUCACUUCGACUAGCAGCUUAAUACCAGCAGUCCCCGGGUUACGAACAAGAUCUGUUACUAAGUCUGUCUUUAAGUCAGAAUUGUGUGUAAGUUGGAACAAGUUGGCCUAUCCUUCGAUGCAUUUUGCCCUGGUGCACUUUUCUCCUCUUUCGAAAAGUGGUUCCUUUCAGGCAUAAGUCAGUCUCAUCUACAUUAAAUAUUUGGUCUGGCAAAUAAUCUCCCUCAAUAAUUUUUUUCAACAUUUUAGGAAAAUUACUAGCAGCACUUACAUCAGAACUCGCUGCUCCACCUUGUACUUUAAUAUCAUGUAAAUUUGCCUUCACCUUGAAACGAUUGAACCAACCCCUAUUUGUAACAAGUUCUUUAUCACAAUCACCUUCACUUAGUGCACGUGCAGCUUUUAAGUCAUUGAAAAGGCUUCCAGCCUUUUCUUACACUCAACUAAGUCUAAUAGGCAAAUUACGCUGAUUUUGAUCAUCUAGCCAAAUUAUCAAUAGCCUUUCCAUUUCAAUAAUUAAACCCCUACAUUGUGUAGUCAUAAUUAUAGCUUUCAUCAGGGCAGGGCUGUAGCUUUAUUCUUUUGCAAAGACCGAUGGUGUUUCACCUCUUUCCGAUUGCUUUAUUAUUUCCACUUUCUUUUCAAUUAUGAUAAUUUUCCUUUUCCUUGAUGCAUCACCAGCUCUUGCAUCGGUUUUAUGCUUUGGAGGCAUGGUUACACACAUGGUAAAGUCCCUGUAAAUGUAAUUGUGUGCAGAGUGAAAUAAGCACGAAAUGGGAAUUACCAAUCCAUAAUUUUAACUUGUUUACCACAUCCAUCAAUGGAACAGAAACGCUGCAGUUUCAGAAGCAGCUGUGGGCAGUGGGUUCUAAGCUGCCCCAGUUUCUAAGGUCCACCCGCACUGAGACAGGUUAAAUGGGCCAAAUGGGGGCAGUCCUGACUAGGAAAGGGGGGGGGGGUUCCAAGGUGAAUCUUACUAAGAACAAUUCAAGCCAAAUAAAAGUUACACACUCACAGCAGUGUUAACAGCAAUGUGAUCCAAUUUAAAAUGGCAGAAGGCGUUCUCCUUCCUCGAGCCGAUGAAUUUUUAAUAUAAUAGGCUUUGUGGCAGUCCGUUCAUCAGUACAAGUUGUCUGUAAGUCGGAUGAUUGUAACUUGGAGACUGCCUGUAUAGGUGGUGAUAGCCCCACAGCCCAGCCAAAUUUAAGUAAUGUCAGAGAAUACGUACACAACACUGGAAGAACUCAGCAGGUCAGGC